AUGCCAUGCGGUGGGGAUCGCGAAAAGGGCACAGUCUCAAUGGAGGAGAAAUGGGACUACGUGAACCUCAAUGACUUUAAGGCGGACUCCUGCUGGACUGGCUUCUCCUACUUCUUCCUGUGGGUCUUCCUGUUGAUAUCGAUUGCCGUGUACGGUACCGACACAUUCACGGCCGUCAAUCUGCUGGCCUUUUCCCGCUGGAGUGGUCGAGUUGAACCCGCCAUUCCUUUCCAUAUAUCCCGCUGGAUUUUCGCGGGGUGCAUUCUCCUGUCGUUUGCGCUUCUGAUCUACCGCUGGAUCUCUGCCAUCCGGGCCAUUCGCUCCGGCAGUAUCACACGGAGCUACCUGGAUCCUCUUGCAGUUCGGGUGCAAUGCUUUCGUGUCUUCACACGGGAGGGCCGUGGGUGGAGACGCUUCCUAGUCUUUGCUGAGUUGACCAAGAGUAAGAAAGGUGCCGAGUACGUGGCACUGUACGCAUACUUUUCCUUCGAGUCCUGGCUGAGCAUUCUCUUCGCCGACGGACCACGUCAGGUGAUCAAUGCCAUCACCUUGUGGUCGGUCAUGCAAGCCGACCUCCUCCCCGGCGGGAAGAACGCGCCCAAAGACAAUGGUAGUGGAGAGGCUUGGCAGUUCUUCAACAAUGUGAAGAUCCUUGCGGAAGGCAACAAUCUCCAAGCCGUCGUGCUCUUCGGCAUGCUCUUCACCUUGAUCAUCUGGGUUCUGUCUAUUCUGAGACUGGCCUCGGCUGUCGUCCUCUACCUCAUCUUCUUGUUCCAUCAUAUUCCAUCGACAGAUGGAAGUUUGAAAGUGUACUGUCGCCGAAAGAUUAGCACUCGAUUGACUCGAAUUGUGCGCAAGAAGGUUGACAAAGCUCUGGCGAAUGGGUUCAAAAUGCAGAACCGUGCACCGACUCACCCCACGGUAGCAGGCGGAGCGGCAGCAAAACCCACGUUGCCGUCUCUUCCUGAUGUCAACCGGGAGAAGCCAAUGGCCUCACCCACCCUGUCGCGCAGCACCACGCAAACCACAUUGCCACCAUACACGCGGUCGAACUCGACCGCAGUCGAUAAGCAUCCGACCCUGCCAACACUGGAGCUGGACAGCAAGCCGCCGCUCACACGAACCGUCACCCAGUCAUCAGCCAUCUCCGACGGUGCAUCCUUCAUGGAGCCCUCAGCUACUACAGUGUACAGCCCUCUCGACCAUCAGACAGCUUCACUGCCUCCUGUACCUCUACUCCCGCCAAACUUGCCCACCUCCCGCACCCCAGGCGCUGAAUGGCGCCAGCCCUCAGGUCCGCCUCCCAUGUCUCGUGAGUUUGGUACAGGGACACCAGGGCCAGGCAUGCGCAAUCUUACAGACACUGGCCCGCGAUCAUAUACACCUUACGGUCCAGAUGGCGAUGCUUCAAAUCGGUUGAGAACGCCUGGUGCGUCUGUUCGACAGAGAGACCAUGAACAAGCCUCUACCGGGACUGCGUCACCGGCACGAUACAAUCCAUAUGGGGAGCCGCUGGGCUACUACGGCGCGCCGCCAGAGGAUGGUUACAUGAACGACGAGACACCAGUGCCUGGGACUGCUCAAGUGAGACCGCAGCACACGAUGACUGGAUCUACACAGGGGCAUAGUCAGCAGGAUCAGUGGUCGUCUCACCCCUACUCUCCCGCUCAUCAACAGGAGACGGUCGAUCCGUUCUCAGAUCAACAGAGGAAUCCACUGAAUGGUGAUUUCGCUGUGGCCCCUCAAUUGGCCCGAUCGACGACUCCAGCAAAUACAAGCAUGGCAUCGCGCACUCCGCCGAAUCGCUCAAUGACGCCUGCAAGCCAUCGGGGUACGCCUGGCCCUCAGCCAGGAAGGAAGACUCCCGGACCAAUGCGCACCUAUACCCCGUUCAAUCCGACCGAUGCAGGACACCCGCAAUCUGCUUAUGAGGCGUUCACUCCCAACCCCGAGGCCACUCAGCCUAGUCCAGCGAGCGCUGGCGACCCUUCAAUUGGCUACCGAGCGUUCACUCCCAACCCCGAGGCCACUCAGCCUAGUCCAGCGAGCGCUGGCGACCCUUCACUCGGUUACCGAGCGUUCACUCCCAACCCCGAGGCCACUCAACCUAGUCCAGCGAGCGCUGGCGACCCUUCACUCGGCUACCGAGCGUUCAGUCCACUUUCAAACGGCAUUGCUACCGCUCCGACGGGAAGUCCCAGUGGGCCUCACCAUUCCCCAGCUGGAUAUCAAGCCUUCAACCCGAUUGUCGGCAACACUGAUGCCGAUUCAACCGAACACGCUCAUUCUGGAUUCCACACGCUUGACUCCGUUUCCGACACCGCAACCCCCACAAUGGCCAGCCCUGGUGACGUUGAACCCGGAUACAGGCCUUUUAGCCCAGCUUCCAAUGCCAAUCACAGCACUCGAGCUGGCUCGGGCGAUUCUCAAUCCACUUAUCAGGCGUUUAGCCCAAUCGCUCACGGGAACGCUUCCGAGUACGGUCGAGCUACACCGAUGUCUCGAGCGCCGCAGACUUAUGAACAAACUCACCCAUAUCCUCCCGGGCCCCAGUAUCUUGCUCGUGCCCAAACAGCAUCACCCUCCACAAUGAGCGGUUAUCGUCAUGGUCGGCAGCCUUUUCCACCAGGACACGAUAUUCCACGUGCCAAAACGAGUCAAUAUUGA